UUUUCACCUCCGAUUCAGAUUUUAAGUAUCUCCCACGCGGCGACGCCGCUGCGAAACCCUAGACAAUCCCCUCCUCCAACCAUCUUUCUGCAUUCUUCCACGCUGUUCUCUACCUCCCAGCUUCCUGAAAUGACUGCGGCGUCGGUGGAGAAGCGAGAUCGGCGGGUUAGGCGGGCGGCCGAGGCCAGCGGUGCUCGUGCUACUCCCCCCAGCACCCGAAGCAAGAUGCGCGCGACUGAUGCUGGCAUCGACGGUGCCACGGCUGCAGAUGGAAGUGAGAAUAGCGCCAGGGAAAGAGCGGCGGUGGUCGGAGCGGCGAACGAGGUAGCGCCGUCGGCUCCAACCACCAGAGGAAAAAAGCGCGCGACGAAUGCGGAGGAGGGGAGAGCAAUUCCUGUAAGUCCGAUCCCUCUUCCGUCGUUCACGCAGUUGUCGGCCUCACACCUUCCCGAAAUGGCCACGGCGUCGGCGGAGAAGCGCACGCGACGGACGAAGCUGGACGCCGAGGCUAACGGUGCCCGCGCCACACCGCCCACCACUAGGGGAAAGAAGCGUGCCUCUGAGGCUGGCAAAGAUAGUGCCAUAGCUGCAGAUGUAAGCACAAAUAGGGUGAUGGAGGCAUCGGUGGUGGUCGGAGGGGCAAACCAGGUAGAGCCGACGGAUCCAACCACCAAAAGAAAAAAGAGGGUGGCAAAUGCGAACGGAUGUAGCGCCAGGGGCCUGGAUGGAGUCAAGAAUCGAGUCAUGGAGAUCGUUGGCGAGGCUAGUGAGGUAGCAUCGACUGAUCCAACACUGGAUCAGUCAAUUAAGAAGAAGGAUAUCUGCAUCGGUGAUGAAGGAUAUGAUGUUGCUAGCGAUCAAACAUCUGAAGAAGCUGAAAAUCAGGAGGCGGAAGAGAAAGAGCUGAAGGAAGUGGUGAGCAUCAAACUAUCACCGAAGAAGAGGGCUGGCUAUAACAAAACGUCAAAGGAAAAUGUUGUGCUCGCCUGCCACUUUAUAGGCGAGCCUAUUCCCGCGGCCGAAGCCAAACAGCGUUGGCCAGAGAGAUACCAGAGGAAAAGGAUCUAUGUUUCUGGAAGUGCCAAAAGUGUGGAUGAUGAACCAAUAUUGCUGGCAAGGCAGCAUUAUUUGAAGGCCAUAGUGGAUGGAGUUACUUACAACCUUUAUGAUGAUGCAUAUGUGAAAGCAGGUGAAGGAGAGGCUGACUAUAUUGGUCAUAUAGUUGAAUUUUUUCAAGCAACUGAUAAUCAACUAUACUUUACUGCUCAAUGGUUUUUCAGAGCAGAAGAUACUGUUAUCAAGGAACAUGCUCAUUGUCAUGGAGUCAAAGUGGUGCAUGAUUCAAGAAGAGUUUUCUUAUCAAAAGAGACAAAUGACAAUGUGUUGGACUGCAUUGUCUCAAAGAUACAAAUUAAACGAGUGACUCCAAAUAUUGAUUUGGAAGCUAAGGAGAAAAACAUUCCUCCAUGUGAUCUUUAUUAUGAUAUGUCAUAUUCUUUGGCAUAUUCUACAUUUGAAAAUCUGUCCAAUGAACAUGCUGGGACUGAUAGUGGUUCUUCAUCCACUGUUUCUUCAGAAGAUCCUACUAAUGCCACAAAUCAGAAAACACCAGAUUCUGAGGCUACAUUUGGUCAAAAGAAUGUCAUCACUUUGCUUGAUCUCUAUUCAGGCUGUGGGGCAAUGUCUACUGGUUUAUGUCUGGGUGCCAGUUUGUCUGACAUGAAUCUCCAAACUUGUUGGGCGGUUGAUUUCAAUCAAUAUGCAUGUGAAAGCUUAAAGCUCAAUCAUCCAGAGACUCAGGUGAGAAAUGAGAAAGCCAAUGAUUUUUUGGCUCUUUUGAAUGAAUGGGUGAAAUUAUGCACCAAGUACUGUGUACUUAGUGACCAAAGUUUCGAUGAAGAAGAAAGUGAUUUUAAUGGUUUAGAUGAUAAAGAACAUGAAGAUUCAAAGCCUCCAAAUGGUGAAGAAUUUGAGGUUGAAAAUUUACUUGAUAUUUGCUAUGGUGAUCCAAAUAACAUUGGAAAAGUUGGAUUGAUGUUUAAGGUUCGUUGGAAAGGAUAUAAUCCUAGCUAUGAUACAUGGGAGCCAAUUGAUGGCUUAAGCAAUUGUGAAGAGAAAAUUAUGGAGUUUGUGAAGAGUGGAUACAAGAAGAAUAUUUUACCAUUACCUGGCCAAGUGGAUGUGAUUUGUGGUGGUCCACCAUGUCAAGGAAUAAGUGGAUUUAAUCGAUUCAGAAAUAUAAAUGCCCCAUUAGAAGAUCCAAAGAAUCAACAAAUGCUUGUUUUUAUGGACAUUGUUAAUUUCUUGAAACCAAAAUAUGUCCUUAUGGAGAAUGUGGUUGACAUUCUCAAGUUUGCUAAUGGUUUUUUGGGAAGAUAUGCAUUGAGCAGGCUAGUUGCCAUGAACUAUCAGGCAAGGCUUGGUAUGAUGGUUGCUGGAUGCUACGGUUUGCCUCAAUUUCGAAUGCGAGCAUUCCUUUGGGGUGCUCGCCCAACUGAGAUUUUGCCUCAAUUUCCAUUACCUACUCAUGAUGUGGUGGUUCGUGGGGGUACACCUAAUGAGUUUGAGCAAAACAUUGUUGCAUAUAAUGAAGAUCAACAUCCUCAACUCGAGAAGAAACUACUCUUAGAGGAUGCAAUAUCUGACCUCCCUGUGAUCAAUAAUUAUGAAGAUAGAGAUGAAAUGCCCUAUGGUAGACCUCCAAUCACAGAGUUCCAGAAGUUCAUUCGUCUUUCAAGGAUUGAAGCUUUAGCUUCUGGGUCUAUUGUGGAGAGGCCUAUUGCAAAAUAUCCACUUUUUGAUCACAGGCCUUUGCAAUUAAAUGAGGAUGAUUAUCAGCGAGUUUGUGCAAUACCAAAGAAAAAGGGUGCAAACUUCAGGGAUUUGCCAGGAGUUAGAGUUGGUAAUGAUAAUAUAGUUGAGUGGGAUCCAGAAGUCGAGAGAGUUUACUUGCCAUCUGGGAAACCACUGGUUCCUGAUUAUGCAAUGUCCUUUAUCAAAGGAAAAUCCCCGAAGCCUUUUGGACGGCUGUGGUGGGAUGAAACGGUUCCCACUGUUGUAACAAGAGCUGAGCCUCACAACCAGGUAAUUUUGCACCCAGAGCAAGAUAGAGUACUCUCAAUUCGUGAGAAUGCCAGGCUACAAGGCUUCCCAGAUUACUAUCAACUCCGAGGGUCUAUAAAAGAAAGAUACAUUCAAGUGGGCAAUGCUGUUGCUGUUCCAGUUGCUAGAGCAUUAGGUUACGCACUGGGUCAAGCAUAUCAGGGUCAUCGCAAUAGUGAGCCUCUCCUCAUACUUCCUCGUCAUUUUCCUGUCCUGGAUCCUGCAUCUGCAACAAUUGAAGCCGAAGAGAGUGGUUGAUUGAUUUGAGGCAUUUGGCACGAUCAUAUCAAUCCUGUUUUUUUCAUGGCAUAAUUUUGUGGCCAUUCUAUUAUUAUUUGUUAUUUAUGGUCCUGAAUUGAAGGAACAUUAAACUCACUGAUUGUUGUAUUAUUGUUAUUAUCCAUUUCGUCGUUUGCUUGCAA